AUGGCCCAAGGCUCAAGCACCGGCUGCCAGAAACUUCAUACUUUCGUCGGCGGCGCCAAGAUGAAGCGCUCGGCUACUGCUGGAGGCCUCGUGUCGUUCCGCAAUCGAUUCAUGUUCCAUACGGUCCAACACGUUCUCGAAGAGAUCCCAACUCAUUUCAAUACCUCGGGGAACCACGACGAUGUCGACGAAACGGAUAAUGAGAUUGAGAUUACGGGCUGGAGCGACUUCGAGAACGACGAUGACGAGCCGGCUCUCGCGUAUAUCACGAGCCGAGGGAGCAUCUCUCCACAGUCGGAAACCGCGGGCUCGGCAGGGUCUGACAUCAUCGCUGACGAAGCUUGGAUAACCUCCAGACCCGCGCAAGCAGAGCAUGGAAAUGAGCUUCAUUCCAGACUUCAGGAACUUGUGCCUUCAACAGCACAAGUACCGAGCAUGGACCAGCACAGCUAUCCAACGGUCACCGGAGAGGUGGUGUUAUCCUCAAAAGAGCUCGACUUUGCACUCGUAGAAGUAUCACCUUCAGUACUACCGCGGCCGGGUGAUGCAGAGGGCCAAACUCAGGCAGUUCCUCUCGAAACCUAUAUGAAAUACGUGGAGUCUGCGCCACGCGAUGCGGCCGUCAGCGUCACCACUCCCGACGGACGGAGCAUCGGAGGCGCUCUUUCCGGCACGCCGUCUCUGUUCCGCCCACCAGGAUGCAGGACGCUCAUUGACGUAUACACCGCGAAGCUCAGCCGUCCCAUCAUCUCCAGCGAACAUGGUUCGUGGGUUCGUGACGCCAUCUCUGGCAAGAUUUAUGGACACAUCGUGGCAGGAAGCCGAUUCCCAAAUGAUGUGUUGAUUGUACCCGCGCACCAAGUGCUCCACCAAGCACUUAAGAUACUCAAGCGGUGCGAAUCAGGGCGAACGGUGGGAGAAGCUGACCCUGUCCAGGACUCGGAGCAUCCGGGGGUGAAAGAAAUCCUCCAGCGGCAACAAGACGAUCUGGAGCAUUGA